GAUGGCUCCGCCGUCGCCGACGUCGGCGCAGAAGCUCACCGCCAACGACGCCCUCGCCUACCUCAAGGCCGUCAAGGAGCAGUUCAAGGACGACCGCGCCAAGUACGACGAGUUCCUCGAGGUCAUGCGCGACUUCAAAUCCACAAGGAUCGACACCGCGGGCGUCAUCAUCCGCGUCAAGACCCUCUUCAACGGCUACCCGGAGCUCAUCCUCGGCUUCAACACCUUCCUGCCCAAGGGCUACGAGAUCAAGCUGCAGGACCUCGACACCGACAAGAAGCCUGUCGACUUCACCGAGGCCAUCGGCUUCGUCAACAAGAUCAAGGCCAGGUUCCAGCACGAGGAGGACGUCUACAAGGCCUUCCUCGGGGUACUCAACAUGUACCGCAUGCACAACAAGCCCAUCCAGGACGUAUACGAGGAGGUCGCGACGCUCUUCCGUGACCAUCCUGACUUGCUCGAGGAGUUCAAGCAUUUCUUGCCUGAUACAUCCACCGUGCCGCAAGUCUUGGCCGUUCCAAAGGGUGUUUCGGUUAAACAGGAUGGAGACAAGACCAAGAGGAGUGUACCGAGCAUUAAGAGGGAGAGGCCUCAUCCAUCAACUGCUGAAAAUGACACCACUGUUGAUCGCCCUGAUCUCAAGCAUGAGACCGGUAGAAAGCGUAUUGACAAGGAAAAGGGUCGUAAGACCGACCGGGAUAGAAGAGAUCAAGAGAAGGAUGGUGAAUAUGAUAGGAAAGAUUUGGAUGGAGAACAACCCAAGCGCAAAACUUUCCCAAAGAAGCUGGAGGCUGAGACACACCAAGGGGCAGCUAGCAACGCUGCUUUGUCAUACAAUGAUAACGAUGCACAGAAAGGUUUGUACACUCAAGAGUUCCAUUUCUGCGAGAAAGUGAAGGAGAAGCUACAGCCUGAAGCUUACCAGGAGUUUCUGAAAUGCCUUCACAUAUACAGCCAGGACAUAAUUACAAGAAGUGAAUUGAAAAUUUUGGUAAAUGACAUACUUCAGCGCUGUCCAGAUCUUAUGAAUGGAUUUAGCGAGUUCUUGGAACAUUGUGAAAAUAUAGAUGACUUUCUGGAUGGACUCAUCAAUAAAAGGCAAACAUCACGAACAGUGAAGACAUGGGAAAAGGAGAGAGAUAAAGGGCGUGCAGGGGAGGACAUGGAGAGAGAUAACGAAAAACCAAGCGAAAACGGACGAGAACGGCUUGAGAAAGUGUCUAAGGAUGGCACUACCCACAAAGCUACUGCAUUCUCUGGCAAAGAGAAGCACUUAUGCAAGCCAAUAUCGGAGCUUGACCUCUCAAAUUGUCAGCGGUGUACUCCUAGUUACCGACUUUUGCCUAAAAAUUACCCUAUGCCUUCUUCAAGUUCCAGAACUGACAUUGGAGUCUCUGUGCUCAAUGAUCUCUGGGUAUCGGUGACUUCAGGAAGUGAGGAUUAUUCAUUUAAACACAUGCGGAAGAAUCAGUAUGAAGAAAGCUUGUUUAGAUGUGAAGAUGACAGGUUUGAGAUGGACAUGCUGUUGGAAUCUGUUAAGGCGACGAUAAAGCGUGUUGAAGAGUUCAUAGAGAAGUUGCAAGACAAUUCAAUCGAACCAGACAGCCCUAUACAUAUCGAUGAACAUUUGACUACUUUGAAUUUGAGGUGCAUAGAACGGCUAUAUGGUGACCAUGGCGUUGAUGUGAUCGAUGUUCUUCGCAAGAAUGCUAGCGUGGCUUUGCCAGUUAUUUUAACUAGACUUAAGCAAAAGCAGGACGAAUGGUCAAGGUGCCGGUCAGAUUUUAAUAAAGUUUGGGCUGAAGUAUAUGCCAAGAAUCACCACAAGUCCCUGGACCAUCGCAGUUUCUAUUUCAAACAACAAGAUUCAAAGAAUCUGGUCACAAAAGCUCUAUUGUCUGAGAUCAAAGAAAUUAAUGAGAAGAAAAGGAAGGAGGAUAAUGUGCUACUUGCUAUUGCUGCUGGCAAUAGGCGGCCAAUAGUUACCAAUAUGUCAUUUGAGUAUGUAGACUCAGAAAUUCAUGAAGAUGUUUAUCAGAUCAUCAAGUACUCUUGUGGAGAAGUCUGCGGUUCGGCAGAUCAAGUGGACAAAGUGAUGAGAACCUGGACAACAUUCGUGGAACCUUUUUUGGGAGUUCAACCCCGUGCUCGUUGUGUGGAAGAUGCAGGUGUGGUAAAACAUAAGAGCCGAACCCCGACAGCUGGUCUUGCUAGUGUUGGGGGAAAUAAUAAUGCAACAGCAAAUGGUGCAGUUGCUGUUAAGCUAGCUGAUCGAGAUGAAAGCAUUCCAAAGGAACAAGCACAAUCUUCUUGUGCUAUAUUGGCGAAUGGAGUUGCAGAAGAUGCUCGAAAUGGUUUCCAUGACGCUGAUCAAACUGUUCGCAGAGGUGAGGGGCCAUCUGGACAAAACAUUUCUACCGAAAGAUCAGUGGAGAGUACUCACCUUUCUCAGAUCGAACAGAACGAUCUUACAACAAAUUUGGAGAUUACAUCAGGUACUAGUACUUCUAGAGGUAAUUUCUCUGGAGGUGAGGCUGUGACUGAAGCUAUGGGUGGCAAUGAGACAAUUCCCUCUAUAGGGAGAGGAGAAACUGGAUCUCGUAAGAAUUCAAAGGUUGAAAGAGAAGAGGGAGAAGUGUCUCCUUAUGGGGAUGUUGAAGAUGAGAAUUUUGGGCCUCCUGGAAAUGUAGCUGCAGAUGGAGCUUCGAGACCGAAGGAAGCUUCUGCUGGCCGACCUAAAGCAGCUGAGUUUGCUGGAGAGAAUGAUGCUGAUGUGGACGACGGAGGUGAGGAAAGUGCACAGAGAUGUACAGAAGAUAGUGAAAAUAUAUCUGAGGCUGGUGAGGAUGCCUCUGGUAGCGAAUCUAGUGAUGAUGAGGAGCGCUCUCGAGAAGAUCACGAGGACGCUGAUCAUGGUGAUCCUGAUGUGAAGGCUGAAAGUGAGGGCGAGGCAGACGGGAACACAGAGGCACAUGAUGCAGAUGGAGGAAUAUCACUGCCAUUUUCAGAACGCUUACAAAAUGCAGUUAAACCACUUGCCAAGCAUGUCCCCACAGUUUUACAUGAUCGCGGGGAGAAGUUUUCACGCAUAUUUUAUGGAGAUGAUUCAUUUUAUGUUCUUUUCAGGCUACACCAGAUCUUAUAUGAGAGAAUACUAUCAGCUAAGACAAACUCUUGUACAACUGAAAAGAAGUGGAGAACUUCCAAGAAUGCAAACUCCCCUCAUCAGUAUUCAAAGUUUAUGGCUGCACUCUAUAACUUGCUUGAUGGUUCUUCUGACAACACCAAGUUCGAGGAUGACUGUCGUUCUAUCAUCGGGACUCAGUCAUAUGUUCUUUUUACAUUAGAUAAGCUGAUUUACAAAGUUGUGAAGCAGCUUCAAGCAAUAGCAUCUGAUGAAAUGGAUAAUAAGCUCCUCCAGCUUUAUAUAUAUGAAAAUUCAAGGUCUCCUGGAAGGUUCUUUGAUCUUGUUUAUCAUGAAAAUGCUCGGGUUCUUCUCCACGACGAGAGCAAUUAUCGAUUUGAAAGGCACUCAAAUCCUACAAGAUUAUCUAUUCAGCUCAUGGAGUAUGGGCAUGAAAAGCCUGAAGCUACUGCAGUUUCAAUUGAUCCAAAAUUUUCUUCUUAUCUUUAUGAUAACUACUUAUCGAGUAUUUCACAUACGAAGUUAUCUGAUGAUGUCUUCCUCGAGAGGAAUAAGCGGAAGCACGGGAGCAGUGAUGACCCUCAAGCUUCCUUGGAGGUCAUGGAUGAUUUCCGUGUCACUAAUGGCCUCGAAAACAAGAUUUCCUGCAAAUCCUCAAAGGCUUCAUAUGUCCUUGACACAGAAGAUGUUUUGUUCCGCGUAAGGAGGAGACGAGUUUCGUCUAGUAGAACCACACCUGAGAAGGCAGGUAUUGUGAAGGAAGCUGAUGCCUUAAAAGCGCAACGGUUUCAUAAAUUCCUCUCCAGGCCCUAGGGCCAUGCAGCAGAUUCUGGUAUGUUCGGGUUCUUCUCCAUGAUGAGAGCAUACAUUGAUUUGAAAGGUGCUGAAAUCCUGCAAGAUUAACUAUUCAGUUCAUGGAGUAUGGGCAUGAAAUGUCUGUAAGUAACUGGAGUCUCAGUCGAUCCAAAUUUCACAUCUCAUCUUAUAAUGACUAGUCGUGUAUUUCAGAGACAAACGUAUCUGAUGAUGUCUUCCUCGAGAGGAAUAAGCCGAAGCAUGGGAGCAACGAAGGCCUUCAGGCUUCCGUGUAAGCCAUGGACGGUUUCAGGGUCACUAAUGCCCUCGAGCACAAGAUAUCCUGCAGAUCGAAAUGUGUAUGUAUGUGUAGGCCUCGAAUAGAGGAUAUAUAUCUUGGGCUGGAGGUGACAAAUACAAAAGCAUGUAGGUGGAUCUCAAGUGGCCCUGAUUGUAAUGUCUAGAUAUGUUUUCUCAGAGCGUCGUUUAAUGUUACUGGCUCCGUUAACUGAUCAUUGAUUUUGUCCAUAUAUAUUUGUUUUACUUUA